GCAAAUGUUUAGCGUAAAUAAACGGCGCAUGUGAUCUGUUUAAUUUCUGCAGCGUUGUAGAUUGCACAUAUUUGCUGCAGUCUGAGCUUUUUUGUUUGUGUGUCAGCGUCGCAGGCUAAUGCAAGAUGAAGACGCUCAUUGUGGGAGUGGGUGGAAUGACCAAUGGAGGAAAAUCCACUCUUUCCAAAUCUUUACAAGAGAAGAUACCCAACAGCUGCAUCAUUGCACAGGAUUCAUUUUUUAAGGAUGAGUCUGUGGUUCCCGUGGACGCUUCCGGCUUCAAGCAGUACGACACGCUCAACGCUCUCCACAUGGACGCCAUGAUGGGCCGGGUCGACGCCUGGCGAAGAGACCCGCCGGCUUUCCUGAGAGAAACCGGUGGGACCGCGGAGACGACGGCGCGGUGGGCCGGCCGCGUUUUUGUGCUGAUCGUGGAAGGCUUCCUAAUAUUCAAUCACAGACCUUUGAAUGAGCUGAUGGACAAAAGAUACUUCCUGGAAAUACCCUACGACAUCUGCAAGGAGAGACGGAGGUCGGCGCUUUUAUCCCGGUUCUGUUCUGCGUGGACGCGUCGAAUCACGUUGAACAUUUUAACACACGGACGUUGCUUGUGCGCAACGAACAGUUCGAGGGUGUACAAGCCGCCGGACCCCCCGGGCUACUUCGACGGACACGUGUGGCCCAUGUACCUGAAGAACCGGCGCCAGAUGGAGAACGCAGUGGUGGGAAUCGUAUUUUUGGAUGGACUGAAGUCAAAGGAGGAACUGCUGGCUGCUGUAUUUCAAGAUGUUCGUCAGGAAAUACAUAUGCUGACAGAGAAGGAUUGAAGAGAGAGCGUCGAUUAUUUCCUCCGCUUCGAAUGAAUUGGAAGACCGCAGUGGUACGUGCGCCUAAAAGGACCAAACCAACACAUUUACAGAAGGUUGACAUAUUUAGAGAAGCUCGGUCAUCCGGGAGGGGCUCAGUGUCGAGUCGCUGCUCCUCCGCAUUGAGGGGAGCCAGGUGAGGUGGCUGGGGCAUCUGAUUCAGAUGCUUCCCGGACGCCUCCCUGGUGAGGUGUUCCGGGCGCGUCCCACCGGAAAGAGACCCCGAGGACGACCCAGGACACGCCGGAGAGACUAUGUCUCUCGGCUGGCUCGGGAACGCCUCGGGAUCCCUCCGGAAGAGCUGGAAGAAGUGGCUGGGGAAAGGGAAGUCUGGCUAUCCCUGCUGAAGCUACUUCCCCCGCGACCUGACCCGGAAAAACGGUAGAAAAUAGAUGUAUGGAUGGAUAAUCGAGAACGCCCGGGAGGCAUCCGAAUCAGAUGCCCCAGCCACCUCGUCGGGCUCCUUUCAAUCCGAAGGAGCAGCGUCUGUGGAAGCAAAUAUGUGCCGCCAGGAUUUGAAUUUGAAAUGUAAAGUGAUCACGUUCUUAGUCACGUCACUUCAUAUACUAGGAAAGCGUAAGUGCGAUUGGCUGGCUGCUCGGUUCUGACCUGAAGUGACCCUGCCUGGUGCCGCAGACGGUGAAUUUUAGACAGCUAGCAGAAUUGUAGCAACUAGUGAAAAUGUGAUGCCUUUACAUUUCAAAUUCAAAUCCCGGUGGCACUAAUUUAGUUCCGUAAGCGGCUCUGUUCUGAGCCCCUCCCUGAUGACCGAGCUUCUCACCCUCGUCUUAAGGUCACAAGGAAUCUAGUCACAAGAGUGAAAUGUUCUUAUAAAGAGAAAAAAAAAAAAAGAAAAGCGUAUGAACCAAGAGAAAUCAUGCUAUAUGGUUGACAUUUCUCGAAAUAUUAAUAACUUUUUAUAUUUACAAAAUGACACAUUUGUCAAAUUUGAACUUUUGUCGCUCACUCUAACCACUUGAUCCUCGGGGAGUAUGAUUUGUUUUCAUGAAAUGACAUCAUUAUUGUUGUAAGGCUACAUUUUUUUUUGUCAUAAGAUUACAACUUCCACUUACUGUUAUAACUUUAUUAAAGAUUACAAAUGUAUUAUUUAGACUUUCUCCUGAAAUAUAAUUAAAUUGAUUCUUCUUUCACUUACUUUUUAUUGUAAGAUUCACAUUUUUCUUGUAAUCUAGCCCAGCAGCCAAAAACGACUCGGGCUGAUCUUCAGCUCUCAAAAAAAAUUGUGUGUCCACAAAAUGCAAUGCCCCCCCACCCACCCCUUUGACAUACAUUUUUUGUGGGGCUAAGGCCCC